CCAUUUUGGGAAAUCUUUAGGUUGACUGUUCGAGCUCAUGUGACUUGGCGAAACUCCCGCGGAUCUUCGCGUGUAAUAUCUCUCCCCGCAUCAAGGCCCCAGGGUCGCCGAAGACCAACGCGCGGAAUUUGACUGCAGCGACUACGUUGAUUAUGGGGCCCCACUGGGAGCUGGAGGAUUCCGAUGCCACCACGCAAAGUGAGGAUGUGAGCGACGAUGAUGACUUGGGCUGCCCGAGAACUGCACCUAAGAUCUGGCGACACCGGAGUGAGAACAACGAAAUUGGAGAUAUAGGAAGCGCCUCAUCAGAUCAACCGGAACCAGCCCACAGCCCAGAACCCACAACUGUGCGCGUAAAGCAGGAGACGAUAUCAAUAUCGGACGAGGAAUUUGAUGAUGUAGCUGGUUUCGACGAUGGCACGGCCACAUAUGAGAAGUUCAAAAAUAGAAGGCAGACCCAGCGCAAGGAAGCCAGUGCCAGAACACGUAAAGCUAAGGGCGCAGUUCAAAAUUCCAUUGUCGGCAAGCGGCCGAGGACAACGGAAGCUAACUCAUCCCGCAAACGCCAGCGGCAGCUAAAGGAAUAUGGGGAAUUGUCUUCUGACGAUGAUUUGGUGGAACACGCCCUCCCCAGUUACCUUCAAAACCGCCGCGCAACAUUCGACAAGAAGACAGCGUUGCUGAAAGAGGCAGGAUUGAAGUUGCCUCCAAGUUUUGAGGAUGUUGAGUUCUCCGAUGACGAACGCCUGGAAGAUCUGAACGAGAAGCCGAAUUUCCAGAAAGCUUCUCCGUCACGGAAGUAUGAGGACAUACAACUCCCUUACUCCCUAGGUUUGAUUCCAGCUCCAAUUGCGCAAUGGUUACGGGACUAUCAAGUCCACGGGGUUGAAUUUCUACAUGAAUUAUUCGUUUACCAAAAAGGGGGGAUUCUUGGGGAUGACAUGGGUCUAGGAAAAACAGUGCAGGUUAUAGCAUUUUUAACUGCUGCGUAUGGGAAAACAGGCGACGAGCGAGAUGCCAAACGUAUGCGAAAGAUGAGGCGUAGGGGAGACGGCGUUUGGUAUCCUAGAACUCUAAUUGUUUGUCCUGGGACGCUGUUGCAAAACUGGAGAUCGGAAUUGGAUAGAUGGGGGUGGUGGCACAUGGAGACAUAUCAUGGUGCUGGAAAGGAAGCAGCUUUGCAAUCUGCCGCCUCCGGACGAGUGGAGAUCAUGCUCACUACCUACAAAACAUACGUGCUCAAUAAAGAUGCUAUUAACAUGGUUGAAUGGGACUGCGUUGUAGCGGAUGAGUGCCACAUUAUCAAGGAGAGGAAGUCGGAAACUGCGCAAGCGAUGAACGAAAUUAACGCUCUUUGCCGGAUUGGCCUUACAGGCACUGCCAUCCAGAACAAAUACGAAGAGCUUUGGACAUUGCUCAACUGGACCAAUCCCGGAAAAUUUGGCCCAGUGUCCACCUGGAAAUCCACAAUUUGCGUCCCGUUAAAACUAGGACAGUCUCAUGAUGCAACUGUAUACCAACUAAGCAAAGCAAGGAAAACUGCGCGGAAGCUUGUUGAGAAUCUCCUGCCCAAUUUCUUUCUUAGGCGCAUGAAAACGCUCAUCGCAGACCAAUUACCGAAGAAGAGUGAUCGUGUUGUAUUCUGCCCGCUCACGCCGACCCAGGCUGAGGCAUAUGAGAGGGUUUUGGACAGUGAUAUAGUUGACUAUAUUAGAACUUCCUCCGACCCUUGCAGCUGCGGAUCAGGCAAGAAAGCCGGCUGGUGCUGUCGUAUGCACUUACCCCAAGGGGGCAAAUGGCAAAGCUAUGUCUUCCCGGCAAUUUCAAACUUGCAAAAACUCAGCAACCACCUCGCCAUUCUUAUCCCGCAAUCACAAGACUCGCCAGAGAAGCAAGACAAAGACCUGGAGAUGCUACAGAUCGCCCUGCCGGAUCAGUGGCGACAGUUAUAUGCUACAAGGGAUUCGAUCCUUAACUAUGCAAACCACGAGUUUUGCGGAAAGUGGAAGGUGUUGAAGAAGCUUCUCAGAUGGUGGCAUAGUAAUGGAGACAAGGUUCUUGUCUUUUCCCAUAGCGUGCGGCUUCUUAAGAUGCUUCAGAUGCUUUUCAAGCAUACUAGCUAUAACGUCAGUUAUUUGGACGGUGCUAUGAGCUACGACGACAGAACCAAGGCCGUGGACAGUUUUAAUGCCGAUCCUCGAGAAUUUGUGUUCCUAAUCUCUACCCGGGCUGGAGGAGUAGGGCUAAAUAUCACGUCUGCCAAUAAAGUUGUCGUCGUCGAUCCGAAUUGGAAUCCUGCAUACGACCUUCAGGCACAGGACCGGGCAUACCGUAUUGGGCAAUCUAGGGAUGUGGAGGUGUUCCGGUUGGUGUCUGCGGGGACGAUCGAAGAAAUUGUUUAUGCCCGUCAAAUAUAUAAACAGCAACAGGCGAACAUCGGGUACACGGCCAGCACCGAACGGCGGUACUUCAAAGGAGUCCAAGAGAAGAAGGACAGAAAGGGCGAAAUAUUUGGCCUCUCCAAUAUGUUUCAGUACCAAGGCGACAAUAUUGUCUUGAGAGAUAUCGUGAAUAAGACAAACGUGGCGGAAAGCAAGGUGGGCGUGAAAAUCGUCGAUCUCGAGUUGGAGGACAGCAAGGAUGGGCUUGAUGAACAGCCCUUCCCUACGCCCAAAGGUGAGGAGGACGGUGGCGCAAUGAGCCAGCUGGCCGCCAUGAUCCGAGGCGAGGCUACCGCAGCGGAUGACACUACCAAAAAAGUUGUCCCAGCUAAACAUGACCCAAUCCAAGCGAUCCUGGUUGGAGCGGGCGUUGAAUAUACGCAUGAGAACUCUGAAGUUAUUGGAUCGUCAAAGAUUGAAGAACGCCUCAGUCGUCGUGCUGAGAUGGCAAUUGAUGGUACCAGCUUUGGUGAGAAGCAGGUUUUCCAAGCGUCGCAGGACGACGUCUCUUUAGGCUUUUCCAUGAACCAUGGCGGAAAGCGCGUUUCGUUUAAAUAUCACCCUCCAGAGGAUGUCAAGAGACGCCAGUUUUGCAGCAUGUCUAAGCGAUUUGGAUUUGAGAACCCGAUCGAGUUUGCUCUGGUUGUUGAGGGCAUGACGCAGGCACAGAGGAGAAGUUAUUUGGCUAGGUGGUAUCGAGAGCGACAGGCUGCGCUUUUGAGCGGGGUGAAUACGCCGGUCAAGGAUGACGAUGUGGUUCUGCAGCAGAAUAUACCGCAGCAUGAAUCUCCAGGUUGAUAAUGGUUUAUUGUUUGUGAUUCUAGCAUCACUUCUAUAAGCUAUUUUUUAAUGAUACAUGGUAUCAUUGUCUGGAAACCAUUCGUUCUUGUGCAUGGUGCAUGCCAUCAACACCAUAAGCUAUUGCCGUCGGGGAUGAGUGGUCUUACAGGCUAGUAUGCCAUAAGCUACCUAUGAUCUACCAGAAACUUGACCUUCCUCUCACUGAAACAAACAGACUUUCGAGUCGGUUUAUCGCCCUGCCCGAGUCUACAUAGGCGGACAGCUAUACUAAUGAUAUAGCCAGAGAUGACUUAUGACUUACGGUUUCGAAACUCAGGUACACCUAGGCCACUGUACCGACUGGCUGUACCUACGCGGCGUGUCACCGAAGGUUUCAAGACGGCUGCUACGAAGUUUACAGCCGCCGCUGCUUCACGGCAUUUCCGCCUAUGCGGUCAAAUUCUCCUCAUUAAUGCUUACAUUUCUUAGCCAAUCUUGCUUUACGAAAGUGAGCACGGCAUUAGGUGUGGAGGGAAGAAACUCUGCGCAAAAGUAAAUCGCUGCCAUUUAGAUGGGCGACAAUGUAAACAAAAGACGCCCCAGCUCCACGCUUUGAAAAUUGAAUAGUAAUAAUAAAAAAGUAACACAAAGGCGUCCGUUGUACGUUGAAUCAUACAAGCAAUUUGUGUAACGAAAGUUCCCUGACCAGUGGGUCAAAACCAAGAAAGUGUCCAUAAGGCCGGUAGAUUAGGCCAUUUCUCCUGCCACUUGGCAAGUAUCUCAGGAACCUUAUCAUCGAAAGAUCUCCUAGCUUCACCCGUGCCCUGAUCCCAACCAUUCGUCCCAUUAAUCUUCCGUUCCUCAUCGGCGGCACUGUUCAGCCUAUCAGCCAGGUCAAGAAUCGCCUUGGAACCAACCAACGCCUCCUCGUGAUUAUCACGAAUAUCGACAUUGAAUACGUGCACCGGGCGAUUCAAGGGAGCACCGCGGUUCAUCAAAUCAUCAACAACAGCAUCCCAACAUCUCUCCUCGCAGGUAAUGAUAGCAUCGACCAAGCCGCCCUCCGUGCCCAGCGCACCCUUAUCCCCCCUCGACACAUGAUCCAGCCGUGGCAUUCCAGGUAUCCAUUCCUGGAACCGUUCCGGACCCCAUUUCACGCCUUUGUUUCGUUCGAGCAUGGGUAGGACGCCAUUGUUGCGGUACAGCCUCGGGUCUUUCUGCAUCAGUUCGUCGUAUAUUUGAGCGUAAGAUACGGUGUUGAAGUUAUAGACAUUGGGUUGCGUGAUGGAUGGGCCUGGGAGUCGGACUAGAGAUCCCGUGCCAAAUGAGAUUACUGGAUACGAGGAAGGGGGUGCGGAUAGGCGGUUAUGUGCCUCCAUCGACCGAUUUUGGUUGGCCGCGCAUACUGUGCAGAAUUUAAGUUUAUAGGAUGUAGAUGACGGGUGAGGUGGGGGUGGUGUAGGUGAUUCAUCGGCCGUGCCGUCCAGUCCUGUCGAAGGCGUUGAGGCAGAAGGCUCCUGGGGCGGAGGGGGCGGUGGGGGAGGAGGUGGAAUUGGAGUCGUUGUUCGAGCAAGUCGAGGGUCUGUACUCAUGUUGAUGGCUUAUUUCCCUGUUAUUGCGUGGUCUACUAAUCUACUGGGCCGUAUGGUAAAGUCUAACAGAGUUGUCGGGAGCUCAGGUUGGGACGGCAGAAAUUUAUAUAAAAUCUUGUCGGAAGAAAUCGCGAAAUCAGGGAGGGUGGAAAGUCCGAUCACUAAUGAGAUGAACUCGCUAGGAGAUUUUGCAGUCAGCAAUGUGAUUCAACGUAUUCCAGCUAAUUCAAAAGGUAGGCAUGCCGAAUUUCAAUGUUGGGGAUUCAGUUGGUAUGUAUAUUUUGCGUAUUUUAAGUGUCUCCUCAUGUGAGAAUAGGACAGCUCCAAUAAAAAGGAUCAUCAUUUUGAGAGAGGCAUGAUGUGCAACAUUCAUAGAAUAGAAAAUAGAAAAGUGCGUAGUAUACCUUAAUAGAAUUUCUCAUCCUCCAUAGA